AUGAGCGCAUUUCGCCUGCAGCUGCGGGCAUUGACCAAUCCCGCCCCAGUGAUCCGACAGUCCUCGAAAGCCUCGAUUACCAGACCCUCUUUCAGUGGUAUAUCCUUGCGCACACCGCUGGUUUCUUGCACAGCUAUUGAACAGCCAUGGGGCUCUCGACAGUCUGCGCCGAGUUCGAUUGCUACGCCAUGCCGGCGCGGUUUUGCCUCUAAAACCCCCCUCUUUUCUACGGAGACCCAGAGCCAGCAAAACAACGGCGCCGGAUCCAAGCCCAAGUCGAAAGGGAAAGGAUUCAAAUACUUGGUCGUCCUGGGCACUCUUGGUGUGGUGACUGUGGUGUACUCCAAUGAACUCCAGCAUGUAUAUGGUGCGGCAAAAAGAAGUGGUCGUGUGGUCGGCACACUGGCUGUAUGCAUCAAUGACUAUCGCGUAACCCUCAAGGAGGAAAGUACUUCCCCCGAAGAACGCAACGCCAACAUCCGAGCAUGCCACAAACGCUGCGCAGAGCGAACCCUCCGAGUACUCGAGAAGAACGGAUCUAUUUUCAUCAAGUUAGGCCAGCAUCUCAGCAGCAUGGGCUACCUUCUCCCUAUCGAAUGGACCACAACUUUCAUCCCCCUCCAAGACAAGUGCCCCGUUUCGUCUAUUGAGUCAAUCGCCGAAAUGUUCGUUCAGGAUACAGGCCAAACGAUUGAAGAAUUGUUUACUUCAUUUGAACCGUUGCCCAUUGGUGCCGCUUCGCUUGCUCAGGUCCAUCUCGCCACACUUAGGGAAACCGGUCAAAAGGUUGCAGUCAAGGUCCAGCACCCUGCACUCGCUGAAUGGGUUCCGUUGGAUCUGGCCUUGACCCGAUUUACCUUCUCGAUGCUCAAGAAAUUCUUCCCCGAAUACGAUUUGGAAUGGCUGUCUCGAGAAAUGGAUCUAUCUUUGCCUAUAGAGCUGGAUUUCCGUAUGGAAGCUCAGAAUGCCACCGAGGCUAGCGAGUAUUUCAAAAAGCAUUCCGAUGCUCCUCUGGUCAUUCCUGAAGUUAUGUGGUCUCAAAAGCGCAUUCUCGUAAUGGAGUGUAUCUCUGGCCGCCGCCCCGACGACCUUGAAUUCUUAGAUGCGAAUAACAUCGACCGCGACGAAGUCUCCGCUGCCUUUGCCCAUAUCUUCAAUGAGAUGAUUUUUGGCGAUGAUGCCCCUCUGCACUGCGAUCCGCAUGGUGGAAACAUUGCCAUUCGUCCGAACCCGAACCGCCGUCACCCGAACUUCGAUAUCAUUCUCUACGACCACGGACUUUACCGCAAUAUUCCACGCGAGCUGCGCCGGAACUAUGCUAAGCUCUGGCUGGCAGUUAUCGACGCAGAUGUUCCCCGAAUGCGUGAAUAUGCGUACAAGGUUGCCGGUGUCACCGAUGAGCAAUUCCCGCUUUUCGCUAGCGCUAUCACUGGUCGCGACUACAGCGUUUUGACCAAGGAUAUUACUUCUUCGCGCGAUGCAGAUGAAAAGAAACAUAUCACCGAUGCAUUGGGCGAGGGUAUGCUCCAGCAGCUGGUAGUUUUACUAGGUCAAGUACCACGGAUCAUCCUCCUCAUUCUCAAGACCAAUGAUCUCACUCGCAGUCUUGACGAGAACCUGCACACCCGCCAGGGUCCUAUGCGCACAUUCCUCAUCCUAGCUCGUUACGCCACCCGUACUGUUUUCGAGGAACAAAUGGAACAGAUCCAGGAAUCUGGCGGUGCCUUCUUGAAUCUUUUCCGAUACCUUUCCGCCUGGUUCGGAUUCCUCCGCGUGGAAGCAAAGCUGUCUGUUUACGAGGCAGUGUUAAGCUUGAAGAGUCGCUUCGGUCUGCGACCCUUGUAA